CGGACGAUGAUCCGUCUUUCAGUAUGCGACAAGGGUGAAGUCUAGCUAGUAGAGCUGGUUGGCGCUGACGACCCAUCAAAGCAAUAGAGCACAAUUCACCUGUGCAAUUCAAAGACUUCAGUCGUUCAAAUUUCGCUCUUUGAUACUAUCAAAAUACUUUUGUUCUUCUACCAAACAUCUUUUUCUCAACGUUAUGAGCUUCCACUCCAGCGCAGUUUAUGCCAAGUCCUUGGCGGAAAGUCGCCCUUCCAUUGCUCUGGUUACUGGCGGAAAGUCAGGAAUCGGCAAAGCCAUUGCACUCAAGAUUGCGACUUUUCCCUUCAUUGAACAAGUUUUGGCGGUCUCCCGAUCUAUCACGGACCAAGAUGUUGCAGAAUCCCCUAAAGUGCAAGCAUUCGCAGCGGACGUGGGAACCCCCGAAGGACGACAACUUAUUGUCGAUCACGUUCGAAAACUAUGCAUAAGCGAAAGCUCGACACCCAAGCAGCUUCGCUAUUUGAUUCACAAUGCCGGAACAAUCGAUCCAAUCAAAUCGGUGUUGGAAGUACAACCACAAGAGUUUCGUACCGCAAUGUCAGUCAACUGUGAAUCACCCUUCUUUUUGACGACGGCUUUGUAUCCUUUCCUUUGCCGGUUGGAUGACCAGGGAAUACCCGGCCGUGUACUGCAUGUUUCAAGUGGUGCUGCACACGGGGCUCCUCCGGUUGGCUGGUCCGUAUACGGCAUAACCAAAGCGGCCUUCUUUCAAUCUUACAAGGUUUUAGAAAGAGAAUUUCGGGAACAGCAGGGAGGCCGAGUAAUUGUCGGAUCUUUCAAACCAGGAGUUGUGGACACCUCAAUGCAAGACUCAAUUCGUAAGUCUUCUACCGCUAACAUGCCAUUUGUCCAAGCAUUCCAAUCAAUGAAGGACAAAGCUGCGGCUUUGGUAUCUUCGAACAAUCGCCCGCGUCCGCCACCACAAGGUGCACUAGACAGCCCCGAGAACGUGGCCUAUUUUGCCGAAUUUUUGCUUUUGGGAACCAGCAACGAAGAGUUUGCCAACCCGAAUGCUUCUGACGAAUUCGACAUUCGCGACGAGCAGUUGUAUAGUCGAUGGAUAGCGAGAAAAGAUAUGGAAUAG